AUGUCUCGAUUAUCGAUCAUCGAAACAGGAGAGGAGCACAUGAAUCGGUGCAGGUUCGCCGUAGUGUUCGUAUGCUGCAGUCUCCUGCAGCUUCUUGCAGGAGUACAAGGAGCAGUCGUAGUGAGUUUGCCACAGAACGAUUACACCGUGGAGGAGAACUCGGGAAUAUCUGUCUGUUUUCGCGUCACGGGCACCCCCAACUCCUCAUCCAUAGAGCUGCUUUUCCACGCCGUCGGUGGAACGGCCACAGAGGGAGUGGAUUACACGCUGAGUAGCAAUCACACGCUAGAGCUCCCAUUUCCACUGAUGACUGGUACUACUAUAGCCAGCGAACAGUGCUUCUCAGUUUUUCAGCUGUGUGAAGACGACAUCCCUGAAAACAACGAGAGUUUCACAAUCUCAGUGAGCACACCGAACACGCCGUCGGUUUUCCACCAGAAUAACUUUACCGUCACCAUAAUUGACAACGACCGAGUGGACGUGUCUUUCACAAGAGGGCGGUACACUGUGAGUGAAGGAGAAGCUGUCGAGAUAUGUGCCGAGACGGGUGCAUCUUCCGAGAGGGACUUUGUAGAACUGUCAAUUACCACCAUCACAGGAACUGCCAUUAAUGUCGAUUUCUAUGUCUCUGGAGUCACAUUCAACCAGGAAGACAACCAGUUCCGAAAGUGCAUGACACUAACUGCAGUGGACGACAUCUUACCAGAACAAAAAGAGUUCUUCAGAAUCAGAGUUUCUUCCAGCGAUAACCUUGUCAAUAUCCAGCAUAGCACUGUCAAAAUCUACAUCACUGAUAAUGAUCCGGUGAGAUUUUCACUGGCUCAGUCGGUGUAUGUGGUGGAGGAAGGAGAGACGGCGAGAGUGUGUCUAGAGGCGGCUGAAAAUGAUCUCCCACUGAUUAGAUUCCAUCUCAUUGUCCUUGACCUCGGCGGGAAUGCAACCGGUGGAGACUAUGCAGUUGACAGUGAGCAAUACCAUGCUGUGGGGAUCAGCAGUAGCUCGGAGUCCCACGAGAUAUGCUUUGAGGUGGCCGCUAACGACGAUGCAGUGAGCGAGGGGACAGAGAUUGAGACAUUUCAACUGCUGCUGAGUACAGAUGUGUCGUGGGUGAUGCUGGAUGUGCCACGCGAGACCACGGUGGAUAUUGUCAUACUAGACAAUGACGUUGUGGAAGUGGAGUUUGAGCAGAGUGUGUAUUUCAAGACUGAAGGAGUGUAUCCCUACCUCUCACUGUGCCUCACUGUCAGUGGCGGAGUGGACCAUCAUCCACCACCAUCUCUCACUAUCAACACCAAUAGUAGAACCGCAGUCGGUGCGAGCGACUAUGAACCCAGCAAUCAUUGGUUUGAGUUGCCUGAGUCCAGUUACUGCCACCAACUGAGGAUUUUCGAUGACCCUCAACCAGAACCCGAAGAAUUUUUCGACGUCUGCGUUACGACUGAAAGUCCUCUUAUUCACAUUUCCACAGAAUGCGUCCAAGUUCGCAUUGUUGACAAUGAUACACCAAAGGUGUUUUGGGAGAGACUGCAGUAUACAGUCACAGAGGGCCAGGGACAAGUGGCAGUCUGUGCGAAAUUGCGAGGUACUCUCGGAAAUGAGGCACAAGUGCGCAUAACGGCCACCGACAUUACAGCCAUUGAUUCUUACGACUACAUUAUUAAAGAAGAGCAGCAAGUCUUUGUGUUUCGGCCACUGUCUCCCAAAAGACAGUGUAGGUAUGUCGACGUAGUAGCUGACGAGUUGAUGGAGAAAACUGAGGUUUUGAGACUCUCGCUGAGCUACACUAAUAGUUCCGACGUCGUCCUGAACAUCUCUAAUCCACACACCACUGUACGCAUUCAGGACACCUCCAGUGGCUAUGGUUGUGCUGAAGGAGGCAUUCUCCUGAACAGUGGGCCCAGCAUCCCCGGUGACAAAGAGAACACCAGUGGUCUGGUGGAGCUGUGCAACAGUCGGGGAAAAUGGGAGAGUGUUUGUGACACAGAAUGGAGCCUGAACGACGCAGCCACAAUAUGCCGCCAGGCGGGAUUCCACCGACCAGCAGGGGAGGGAGUGAUGAGUCUGGAGUCGCUCCAACCAGCUGCCGCCACUUUCACCUGCACUCAAACAGACACCAAUCUUGCCAACUGCUUGGGGGAGAAGCCGGUGAACGACACCUGUCGACAUCUGCUUGUUGCCUGUGACGGAGAAAACCCAGUCACAUCUUCAAAAAGCACCCCUAGCCCAGCCACGGAAGAAUUCCCAACUGCAGAGACUGGCUCCAGACUCGUCCGGCCGGCUCCGAACAACUCGUCCCAAUUUCCCAUCAUGGGUGUGGUCGUGGGCGUGUUCAGUGCCCUACUCCUAGUGGGCGUGGUCACCGUGGUAGGGUGUGGUCUCAGGAGCUGUACUGUGGAGGAGGAAGAGAUCAAAGUCUCUGACAAUAGCCAGUAG